UAAAACAAGUUCAUUUUGUUAACAUCACAUUUUGUUCCAUUUUACAGCUUCUUGGUGAAUUUUUGGAUGAAGCCAUUAAAUUAAUUGCUUGCCAUCAUGAGCAGAAGCAAGCGUGACAACAAUUUUUAUAGUGUAGAGAUUGGAGAUUCUACAUUCACAGUCCUGAAACGAUAUCAGAAUUUAAAACCUAUAGGCUCAGGAGCUCAAGGAAUAGUAUGUGCAGCUUAUGAUGCCAUUCUUGAAAGAAAUGUUGCAAUCAAGAAGCUAAGCCGGCCAUUUCAGAAUCAAACUCAUGCUAAGCGGGCCUACAGAGAGCUAGUUCUUAUGAAAUGUGUUAAUCACAAAAAUAUAAUUGGUCUUUUGAAUGUUUUCACACCACAGAAAUCCCUAGAAGAAUUUCAAGAUGUUUACAUUGUCAUGGAGCUCAUGGAUGCAAAUCUUUGCCAAGUGAUUCAGAUGGAACUAGAUCAUGAAAGAAUGUCCUAUCUUCUCUAUCAGAUGCUGUGCGGAAUCAAGCACCUUCACUCUGCUGGAAUUAUUCAUCGGGACUUAAAGCCCAGUAACAUAGUAGUAAAAUCAGACUGCACUUUGAAGAUUCUUGAUUUUGGUCUGGCCAGGACUGCAGGAACAAGUUUUAUGAUGACGCCUUACGUGGUAACUCGCUACUACAGAGCACCUGAGGUCAUCCUAGGCAUGGGCUACAAGGAGAACGUGGAUUUAUGGUCUGUGGGGUGCAUUAUGGGAGAAAUGGUUUGCCACAAAAUCCUCUUUCCAGGAAGGGACUAUAUUGAUCAGUGGAAUAAAGUUAUUGAACAGCUUGGAACACCAUGUCCCGAAUUCAUGAAGAAACUACAACCAACAGUAAGGACUUAUGUUGAAAACAGACCUAAAUAUGCUGGAUAUAGCUUUGAGAAACUCUUCCCUGAUGUACUUUUCCCAGCUGACUCGGAACACAACAAACUUAAAGCCAGUCAGGCAAGGGAUUUGUUAUCCAAAAUGCUGGUUAUAGAUGCAUCUAAAAGGAUCUCUGUAGAUGAAGCUCUCCAGCACCCAUAUAUCAAUGUCUGGUAUGAUCCUUCUGAAGCAGAAGCUCCACCACCAAAGAUACCUGACAAGCAGUUAGAUGAAAGGGAACACACAAUAGAAGAGUGGAAAGAAUUGAUAUAUAAGGAAGUUAUGGACUUGGAGGAGAGAACCAAGAAUGGAGUUAUACGAGGGCAGCCUUCUCCUUUAGCACAGGUGCAGCAGUGAUCAAUGGCUCUCAGCAUCCGUCGUCAUCAUCGUCUGUCAAUGAUGUGUCUUCAAUGUCAACAGAUCCGACUUUGGCCUCGGAUACAGACAGCAGUCUAGAAGCAUCAGCUGGACCUCUAGGCUGUUGUAGAUGACUACUUGGGCCUUGGGGGGUGGUGGGAGGGUUGGGGAGUCGGUUAGUCAUUGAUAGAACUACUUUAAAAACAAUUCAGUGGUCUUAUUUUUGAGUGAUUUUUUUUUCAAAAAAUGUAGAAUUCAUUUUGUAGUAAAGUAGUUUAUUUUUUUUUAAUUUCAAGUGAUGUAAUUUAAAACCUAAGUUGUGUUUUUAAAACAGCAACAAAACUGUAUUGUAUUUUUUGCUGUAAUUAACUGUAUAAUGUAAACCUAAUUAUUUUAUCAUGGUUUAAAUUUUUUGCAUAUUUGCUUUAUCUUAUGCUGCUGAUUUUUUUUUUACUGAAUUUGUAAGAUUUUGUUUAUCAAAGCAACUAUUAUGUGGUGACUUGCUAUACAUGAAUUAUUUAAGAUUUUUAUAGUUUUUUUAUUAGAAUUUAUUUCAGAUGUUUUGUUCAUGAUACUAUCCUUCAGGGUUAUGUGCUUAUCAAUGAAAUAACCCCAGAGGAGUGUGGGAAAGUAACCUGUAGCCAGUUAUAUUCAGGAAUAACUACUGUAAAUGAUGAACAUGGUAAGAGACCUCCAAUAUUUGCUACUUGCCAAUCCUAAUUUAGUUAAAACAGUUGGUAAGCAAUCCUACUCAAUUUUGGCAAAAGCCCCAACAUCUAAAUGGCAGGAUAACUUAGAACAUGUCUUUGAAGAUGCUGGGCAUCUACCACCUUAUCUCCCCACCCUACCCAACAAAAGUCAAGUAAAAAGAAUAUGGUGUAUUCUGCACAUUUGUGGCAUGCUCAGAGUUUAUGAUCACAUAAAGUCAAGAGGAUACUUCAUGAAUAAUAACAUUUCAAUGCAAAUAAACAGAUGGUUCACUUCUACUAACUAUGAGCCUGUUUUUGUAUACACUGAGUUAAUCUACUCAGGCUGUAGGUCCCAGCAAUGACUGGUCUUUCCCUUUCCUGCAGCUUCGGGCCCUUGGACCUCUCUGGUUUCCUAUUACUUGGAGUGUCAGUUGUACACCAGUUCUCCUGGUGUUUCUAGCCAUUUGAUUUUACCUGUAGCAUAAUCAUACUAGUUGUCGGGAGGUUCUAAUGCCUACUAGAUUUGUGUAGGUGAUGUAUCAAAUGAGCAAUAUGCCGUUCAUCUGAAAAUGGUAGCACACAGCCAUAUAUAGGAUAUCAUUUUCUAAGGACUGUUUAUUCACACAGAGCAGAGCAGGCAUAAAUGAUGGUUAUUUAGUCUGAGUCUUUCAUUUUUUUAUACCUGAUUUUCAAUACAACACACAAUGUGGAUGUUGAGUAGUGUAAGAAUGGUGCUGCUCCUGACAAGUGUAUGUUAACUGUUUACAUUUUAUAUCUGCAGAAUUAUUUCUCAAUGAUUGAAUUUUCCCUAAGUAAAUUGAGUCUCAUUAUUUCUCAAAUACAUUGUCUGUGAUAGACCCAGGCACCUUUUGUUAUUGCUGGAACAAGAGGAAUUUUGUGUGAUGAACUGGGAAAUGCAUACUUAAAUAAGUGGCAAGGUUCUAGGCAGAAAACCCUUUGGAAUUUAUGACCAACAGGAACAAGAACAGGCACAGCCCAACAUACAGUGUCUGAAAGUUUGCUUGGCAUUUUGUUUAUAUAUUUAGUGCAAAAUUUUUUUUUGGUUAAGGUAUUUUUAGGACAUUGUUAAUGUGCAAUAUUUAAGAUGAAAAUACAUUAGACUUUUUAUAUCCUUUGAAAUAACAAGUUUGUUUUUGAUGGUUUAGGGUCAUGACUUCCAGUCUUUUUAUCAGUCCCUUUUCUAAUACACCAUGGUGCAUUAAUUUUAUUAAGCAAAUUAUUGAGUUUUAAGACUGUAACACCUUGAAUUGUAGACACACAAGAUUGGGUUCACAAUUGUAGCAGAAAUUUGAGCAUGUGUGUGUAUGUUCUUAGUUUAUAUUAGUUUGACAGAUAAUUAGCUUUAUUUUCUCUAGGAUAGGUUAUGUCACUGCUGCACUUUUACAGAAGACAUGCUUUCAGAAGAUUUCCGUAUUUUAUGUUUGAUUGCCGAUAUGCCAUCUCCAUUGAUACAGAUUUUGGUUAAUCGAGGAAAACCUUGUGUUCUGACUGUAUUGUUUGUUGUAAAUGCCAGCUCCCACUUGCCAACCAUCGUGAUUCAGUUGAAUUCAAAGAAAACAAACAUGUGUUGCAUAAUGUACACUAAAAUACCUAACAUUAUAUCCUCAGAACAAGGAUUUUUCAGAUAAUGUUUGUUAAAUGUUGUGUGCCAUAAGUUUUUAAAAUACUAUAUCUAAAUACAACUUCCCUGCUUAACUUUGUUAAGCUAAUGUAUUUUUUUUAAUUUUAGAAUCUUUAAAGCAUCUUAAACAUUUCUUUUUUUAAGAGAAAUUACAAAUAAUAUCUGUCAAGUAAUACUUGUGUAAAGUCACCUUUCUUAUAUAAUUUUGAUUUUUCAAUCUUUUACACUUAAUAUACCUAGUCUUACUGUCAGAAAACUAUUUUGACUAAUUUAUUAUUCAACUUCAUGGAUUAGGAAAGAUGCUAAUUCUUUCUACAUGUCUUCCCAUUACUAUUCUCCUACCUUCUGUUGUAUACUGAUCGUUUGUAAAGUCAUUGUGUUGUUGGGGUCACUUAAUUAUAAUAUACAUAAUUAGAGCAUUUCAACUCUCUCAUGUUGUUUGCUGAAGUUUUCAGUUUGUCACACACCUUCAGUCACUGAUUGUUCCUGGUAUGCACUCUUUCACGUUGGCACAAUGUGUUUACACCAGACUUCCUAAGAUAAAUACCAGCCUCUUAAAAGAGAGGCCUACCACACAACCCCCUUAGCAAACCAGAGAAGCUUGAUGGUGUACAAAGCAGCACACUUACCUGCCAGCCUUGUUCUGUUGUAUGCUAACCCUGCUGUUUUGUCUAAAAAAUGAAGGGGAAGAGGACAUCAGUGUCUGAUAGUGAAUCAAUAGCAGGCAAGUGACUCUGUUUCCUUGGUUACAGAUAAGACUUGGGUUACACUAUCAGCUAGUAUCUGCUGCACAUAUGAAGACUUAACUAUUCAGUGUUGCCUAGGCACUAGCCUGCACAACAUUUUGAGGUUAAAACAUAGUAUAUUUUCAAAAGUACUAUUGUAGUCUGUGAGCGUUGUUCAUUAGUCACACACUAGCUAUAGAGUGGAUGCAUGAAGCCCCAUGACCCCAGUAAACUUCUCUUACCGGUAGAAAAGCCAAACACCACCAUUCUGUCAUUCGCAAUCCUCUUAAAUGUUGCCUCUCCAUAUCCUGUUGCAUUUUAGUGUGUAUUGUGUUUCUACUGAUCUCUCUGAGGUUUUUUCUGAAUCAAAGGAAACUAAUUUUUCCUUCAUAGCAAGAAAGAUGAAGAGGUAAAGGGCAUUGAAGCAGAAAUGUGUAGUUUGGGGUAUAAUUAGAAAACUUGUAAGGAAAACAAAAGUCCUAAUUAAUUUCAACCUGACUGCUCUUAGUUAAGUGCUCUUAAGGAGAGUCUAGUAAGAGUAAUACUUUCUGGCCAUUUCUGGUUUAGAUUCUCUUAGUUCUGAAACUUAUGAGAAAUAUUACCUGUGGAUUAGUUUUGCACAAUGUUCUAUUCUCACAAUGAUUUACAAAUUAAACUAGGUUUUUAUUGAACUACCUCACACUAAUUUUCUAUGCUUUCCCAAGUAAGCUGUUGCCCUUACUGUUAGAUCUUUACUAAGUGUGAAUUAUAAAUGUGUAUUAAAUACUUUUUAGCCAAUGUUGACACAAUACCAGUAAGUAUGUAAAAUAUAUACCUUACAUCAGUAAGAGACACGUGUAAAAUUUUUCAUUGUAUAUCUUGGAAAAUUGUGUUAGAUGUGCUCGUUGACAUUAUUAGUGUCUGUCUUUGUAAGUAGAAACCUGCUCGUGAUAUCAGUCUAUUCUUUACAUUUUACAAAAGAAGUAAAUCUUAGUAAAUUUUGUGAAGAAAUAAAUUACUUUUGUAGGCCCAAUAUUUGGUAUAUUUUUGAGAAGCUGUUAAUCUUUUAGCCGAAUGAUGAAGUUAGACUGAAGUAGCUGUCUCCCUGGACUGUGACAUCUAUUUUCUCAUUACAGUUUAUUCUGGUCAACAGGGUGUCACACCUGGAAAUCUGAGUAUGAUAAUUGACAUUUGCUUUUCUCUCUCUAUGAUGUCAUUCCUUCUUCAUUCCUCUCCUUCCCCAUGUUCCGUUCCCUCUCCUCUCCUCUCCUCUCUCUAGACAAAACAAAAUGGGGCACUUUGUAGGGAAUGCUGAGAUCAUUAUUGUGGUUUUUCAUCAUUCAUGCCCUAGUCAUUAAACAUGCACCACUGGAAUGUAAACAAUGUUAUCUAGUAUGUCAAUUGGUUAUAAUAUUUUAAAUAAAAAAGAAAAAAGUGUUAU